UCAGUGCCAACUGCCAGCCAACUAGGCUCGCUAAAGCUGCGCUUUCUGUAGGAAGAAAGUCACUUUUUCUCCGUCUCCUGCAUCUUCGCGUAUUUUUUCGUGUUGGGUACGUUAAUCCAGUGUUGAAGUAACAGGUUUGACGUAGUUAUACAAUGCGAACGCUUUUCUGACCCGUCUGCAAUUUUGCAUUUUGGUGGUGGCGAACGAAAGGUUCUAUCACUGUUAUUAGUGGUUGAGAUCUGAGUCAUUCAGUAGUUAGUACAUAGUGAACGUGACGUCCACUCAUAUCCACAAAUAUGUUCAUUUGGGACUGGUUUGCAGGAGUUUUAAAUUAUCUUGGACUUUGGAAAAAGAGUGGCAAGCUCCUGUUCCUUGGUUUGGAUAAUGCUGGCAAAACCACAUUGCUUCACAUGCUCAAAGACGAUCGACUAGCUCAACAUGUGCCUACAUUGCACCCAACCUCAGAAGAACUGUCUAUUGGAAACAUGAGGUUCACAACAUUUGAUCUUGGAGGACAUCCUCAAGCAAGAAGAGUUUGGAAAGACUACUUCCCAGCUGUGGAUGCAAUAGUAUUCCUUGUGGAUGCAAGUGACAGAUCAAGGUUACCUGAGUCAAAAGCUGAGUUUGAUGCAUUGUUAACUGAUGAACAACUCAGUGCAUGUCCAGUUUUAGUGCUAGGUAACAAAAUUGAUAAGCCAGGUGCAGCAUCAGAAGAUGAACUCAGAAACUAUUUUAAUUUGUAUGGUCAAACAACAGGAAAGGGAAAAAUUUCUCGCAAUGAAAUACCUGGUCGUCCAUUGGAAUUAUUUAUGUGCUCAGUGUUAAAAAGACAAGGAUAUGGUGAGGGCUUCCGCUGGCUCGCUCAGUAUAUUGACUGAAUACACACAAUAAUUUAAAUUCUCCGAUUCUUAGCAGUUUAUUACAUUUCCCUUUCACUGAUUCAUAUCGGACACCGGUACAGAAGGUGUAUUAUCCUUUAUGAGAAUUGUGCAGUACGAAUGGAAUAUCAAGAUAUGAACUGCAGUAACAAAUACAGAACAGUGGAAAUAUGUAAAAAAGACAAUGUCUUAAAAAUACAUUACAAACACGCGAUAGGACUAAUUUGUUUCAUUUUAACAUGUGGAGCCUACAACAUUCAACAUGAAUUUUUUAAAUUCCAUAAAAGUUCUGUGAAUUCCUAUCGUUUCGCAAAUCAUGUUAUGGAAAUACUUGACAUGCUGAAAAAUGAUAUAAACGUUUUGAUAAAUAAAUUAAUAAACUAUUUAAGAAUUUCAA